CUCCUGAGCUCAUGCCUUUCCGAGAGUCUCGCGCUGUGACUCGCGCAGGGCAGCCUCUCAUUGGCUGUCGACGGACACCCGGAGCAGAUCGCUCUCCUCGGUGCUGAAAUCGCAGCCCGUCGUGACCAUGUAAACGGCGAUGAUGCCAAACGGACCGUCGGCCAAUGAACACCAAAAUGGACGAUGAUCUGUUCCAGCUGAGACAGCUGCCUGUUGUCCGCUUCCGUCGCACAGGUGAGAGCACACGCUCAGAGGAAGAUGUUGAGAGCAGAGAGCAGGAUGCAAGGACUGCAGAGCAGACUGAUCUGGAGGCUGUGGCGCUCACUGAGGGAGCUCCAGUACCUCGAGAGUUUGCUAAUCCGACUGAUGACACAUUCAUGGUGGAAGAUGCCGUAGAAGCCAUAGGCUUUGGGACAUUUCAGUGGAAACUCUCCAUUCUCACUGGCCUAUCCUGGAUGGCUGAUGCUAUGGAGAUGAUGAUCCUCAGCAUCUUAGCUCCACAGCUCCACUGUGAAUGGAGACUGCCCAGCCUGGAAGUGGCACUGCUUACAUCGGCAGUGUUCAUCGGGAUGAUGAUCAGCUCUUCUCUUUGGGGGAACAUAUCUGACAAAUACGGCAGAAAGACAGGUCUGAAGCUGAGUGUUCUGUGGACGAUGUUCUACGGCCUGAUGAGUGCUUUUGCACCUAUUUACGGCUGGAUCCUUGUCCUCCGUGCACUGGUGGGCUUCGGCAUUGGAGGGGCACCUCAGUCGGUGACGCUGUAUGCUGAGUUUCUGCCUAUGAAGUCCAGAGCCACAUGCAUCUUGCUUAUUGAGAUAUUUUGGGCACUGGGCACUGUAUUUGAGGUCCUCUUAGCGAUCUUGGUGAUGCCCACUCUGGGCUGGCGCUGGCUGCUCGGACUUUCUACCAUUCCUCUCUUCAUUUUUGCCAUUCUGUGCUUUUGGCUGCCAGAGAGUGCUCGAUACGACGUGCUGACAGGGAAUCAGGAAAAGGCUCUGAACACACUGAAGCGGAUUGCCACUGAGAACGGAGCACCCAUGCCACUGGGAAAACUGAUUGCCGCCAGACAGGAAGAUCGUGGGAAGAUUCAAGACUUAUUUUCAUCUCACUUCCGCUGGACCACAGUCCUGCUGUGGUUUAUUUGGUUUGCGAAUGCUUUCUCUUACUAUGGGCUGGUGCUGCUCACCACAGAGCUGUUUCAGGAGGGAGGCGCAUGUGGAAUGUCCAAAGGUAAUAAGGAGGAGCUCCGAUGCAGCUUAGAGUGUAAAUACCUGAAUUCUGACGACUACAAAGACCUGCUGUGGACUACGUUAUCUGAAUUCCCAGGACUGCUGGUGACGCUGUGGGCUAUCGAUCGAUUGGGAAGGAGGAAGACCAUGGCACUGUGUUUCUUCGUUUUCUCUAUGUGUAUUAUUCCACUUUAUGGCUGUGUUGGGAGAGCCUCCAUGACAGUGUUGAUAUUCAUCGCCAGAGCAUUUAUUGCAGGAGGGUUUCAGGCAGCCUAUGUGUACACUCCAGAGGUAUACCCAACAGCAACCAGAGCUUUAGGAUUGGGAACAAGCAGUGGAAUGGCCAGGGUUGGUGCCCUAAUAACUCCGUUUGUUGCCCAGGUGAUGCUGGAGUCCUCUGUGUACCUGGCUCUGUCAGUGUACUGCUGCUGUUGCCUCUUCGCGGCCAUCGCCUCCUGCGCGCUGCCAAUUGAGACGACAGGCCGCGGCUUGCAGGAGUCCAGCCACCGUGAGUGGGGACAGGAGAUGAUGGGUAGGGCCUCUUCCCACAGCGCUGGAGGAGUCCCUGACUCCAGCUCCGGCUCCCAGGGCUGAGGAUGCAUCAGCUGCAGUGCAGCUGAGAGGAGACCACAGUGAAGAAGAGAAGCAAGGAGAGGGAAGACAACAAAACCAGCUCUCUGUGUUCAUCUUUGCCCCCCUUCAAUGAUCUUCAGUUUAGUCACCGCAGUGGCUGGGAGCCAGGCAACACAGUAGUUACAUGUACAUGUCAUUGUACUUUUUUAGUCUUUUAAACACCAUUGCUCUCACAAGUUUGCCACUGUAUAACUGCACACAGGGUAAUCAAGAAAGACCAAAUGACCUACAUGAGUGUGAGAGUGAAUGGGGGAGGAAAAUCGUAAAGGGAGAAUUCUAAUACUUCAACCAAAGUAUUUUAAUCAAGCUUUUCUAAUCCAAGAGAAGCAAAAGGGAUAGCGUAAGGUCAAACAACUAUCUUCUUUUCAAAAAGCCUUAAAACUACCUAUUUAGCUUGUGGUCGAGAGACCUACUCUUAAACCUAUGAGAAAGCUGCUUCUGCUAACGUAGUGGGCGUAGAUACAUAUGUAAGGAACAGCAUUAUCCUGUGCGCACAAUUUGCCUGCUGAAAUACACUAAUCACACUUGUCUUUAUUUUUUAAAACAGAGCAUUGAUAGAUUGAAGGAAAAUCCCACACAAUCAAAACAACA